UAAAACAUGGCGGACAUGUGGUGGGAGAUUUAAAACAUUGUGUGUAUUCAGCAUUUAGCGGAGAGUGUAUUCAGGAGAGUGUAUUCAGCAGAGUGUAUUCAGGAGAGUGUAUUCAGCAUAGCGUCUUCAGCAGAGUGCAUUCAACAUUCAACAUAGUGUAUUCAACAUUCAGCAAAGUGUAUUCAACAGAGUGUAUUCAGCAUAGUGUAUCCUCCAUUCAGCAUAGUGUAUUCAGCAUUCAGCGGAGUGUAUUCAACAAAGUGUUUUCAACAUAGUGUAUUUGAUAGAAAUGUCUGAUUCUUCAGAUGACGAGUGCCCAAUUCUUGUUGAAAGUAGUAAUACGGAAAGUCAACAAAAAGUUAAAAUACCUGUCACUAUAAUAACAGGUUAUUUAGGUGCUGGGAAAACAACUCUAUUGAAUUACAUACUGACUGAACAGCAUAAUAAAAAAAUAGCAGUAAUUUUAAAUGAGUUCGGUGAAGGAAGUUCUGUAGAGAAGUCCAUGUCAGUGGGACAGUCUGGUGAACUAUUUGAAGAAUGGCUAGAAUUGAGAAAUGGAUGUCUGUGUUGUUCUGUUAAAGACAAUGGUGUUAAGGCUAUAGAAAACUUGAUGGAAAAAAGAGGGAAGUUUGACUAUAUUUUACUUGAAACAACUGGAUUAGCUGAUCCAGGUCCGAUAGCAUCAAUAUUUUGGCUUGAUGAUGAACUUGGAAGUGACUUGUACCUCGAUGGUAUCGUAACCGUGGUGGAUGCCAAGUACGGUUUACAACAUUUACAGGAGAUGAAACCCAAGGGUGUUAUAAAUGAAGCCGUACGGCAAGUGGCGCUUGCAGAUUUAAUUGUUGUGAAUAAAAUUGAUCUAGUUGAGGGGUCUCAUCUUGAGAGUCUCACUCAGCAUGUCAGGAGUAUUAACAGUAUGGGAAAGUUACUAGAAACGAGCAGGUCAAAAAUUAAUUUAGAUUAUAUUUUGGAUCUUCAUGCGUAUGACGGUCAAGAUAAAUCAAGGGAUAUGGAAAAGUGUGUUUCCCUGCAAGCUGGUCCCCAUCUAGAUCAGAGUAUUACAACUGUCACCAUUGAUAUGCCAGGGGAUGUGGAUAGUCAAAAGUUGGAAGAGCUACUGCAGAAUUUAUUAUGGGAAAAGAAUGUUGUGAAUUCUAAGGGUGAACCAAUGCAAAUAUUAAGACUCAAGGAACACAAAGGAUUAAAUGAUAAUCUUGCAUUAUUGGGUAAUGUCAACGGAAGGUAUAUGAGAUUAAGAGUACGUGACUAUGGUGCCUGA